CCCUUGUCGCUUUCCCUCCAUAGAGACGGACGGAUUGGUCUCCUUAGAUAUGGCUGAUGCUCCCACACAACGAUGCCGGUUUUUUUGUCACCAGUGUUCAGCAGAGAUUAAUCCACUUUUACCGGACUUCACCUGUCCUCUAUGUAAUUCUGGCUUUAUUGAGGAACUGCCUGAGGAAAGAAGAAAAUGUGUCUGCAUCCACAUCCUCCACCUCUGAAGGGAGCAGUUCAACCUUUGAGAACACUGGUCUUCGGCAGUUUAUCUCACCAAUGUCCUCUGGGCACAGUCCAUUCACGUUUGGGAUUUUUGAUGAAAAUUUUGAUCUUCAAACAUGGCUACCAUCAGAGGACAGCAGGGAGACAGAAAACAGGAGAGAAAGGGAGCGGCACAGUGCACAUCAAUCACAGGGUCGACAUAAUCCUCGAAGACAGGGAAUACGCCAUGAAGGAGGGCCCACAUUAGAGGGAAUCAUCCAGCAGUUAGUAAAUGGAAUCAUUGCCCCCACAACCAUGGCCAAUGUUGGGUUUGAAACAUGGGGCUUUCUACACUCCAACCCAAUGGACUAUGCCUGGGGCAUCAAUGGACUUGAUGAAAUCAUUACACAGUUACUGAACCGUUUUGAAAAUACUGGUCCUCCACCUGCAGAAAGAGACAUGAUAGAUGGUAUACCCACCAUCCCCAUCACGGAGGAGCAUGUGGGUGCUGGUUUAGAUUGUCCCGUGUGCAAAGAAGACUACAAGGUGGAGGAGAACGUUAGGCAACUGCCAUGCAGUCAUUUAUUUCACAAUGACUGUAUAGUACCAUGGCUGGAACAGCAUGAUUCGUGUCCUGUGUGCAGGAAGAGUCUCAGUGGACAGAAUACAGCCACAGACCCACCGGGCUUAUCAGAUAUGAACUUUUCUCGCUCCUCUUUGUCUUCUUCCUCAAGUUCACCUAGCAAUGAGAGUUCUGCCAACAACUCAUAGAUUUUCACCAGCAUCAUCACUCACCCUGCACCAGCAGAGACCCUUACGGCUCUUCUUUACAACUGACACCAGGACAGUUUGUCUCAAGAGUUGAGGUGAACUCUGAAUGUGCUGCGGUCUAUUAGUCAUCAUCCCUUCCCCCAGCUCUUGCUGCUUUUGUUUCCAAAUGAGGUGGAGGGAAGUGUCAAAGGAGGAUCUAGAAAGGUUGUGAAUAAUAAUUAUAGUUGCUGCUCAGCAGUGGGUGGGGGCUGGCCAUUUCCUACAACAAGCAGCAGCAGAAGAACUGGGAGACGGUGAACAACUAUGCAUUAGAAUGUGCAUUCUGCCUCAAAAGAGCUUGAGCUCACAACCACGGACACUAAAGGCAAGUCACUAUCCUAAUAAGCUGCACGCCAUGUGACAAAGUAUACUUUACACUACACGGCGGCAGGAUAUCAGCUGAUUUCAAACUGCUGUCAAAAAUGCAGUUAAGACAAAAUGCUGAAAAUCACUUGCUAUCAUCGAAACACUUAGAGAUGUUUGUUUUUGUUUGAUUUACCUCAUAAAUUGGAAAAAAAACAACCUGAUAUUGGUUUUGACACUGGUUUUAUUCCAUAGACUGCAAAGGUUUACAUGAGUGCAGAAUUUGAAAUGCUGUCAAAGUAUUUUUUUUAAAGGUAAAAUUCUAAAGUAUUACACAGUAAAUUGUUAAUUUUACAUGAGCAUUGAAGGUUUAUUUAGUCAGAAUGUGCAAGAAUACAUUCACAACAGUGUUUACAGUCAAACGUUUGGAUGCAGUGGGGGCUGAAUUUUCAUAAAUGCAAACAUCCGUGUAGAAUGUUGGUUUUAUUAGAGUUGGGCUUCAUAAUUUGUCCCACAGUGAAGUUUACAAAAGUUUGUAAAUGUUACUGUUUACAAAAAAAACCCCGCUGCUUCAUGACCAGUUCAUACUAUGAAGGGAGAUCAGUGAGUUGGCGAGGUACACAAAGGUGACUGGCUGUCUUUUAACCUGGUUAGAUCACCAUGGCAACUUACACUUCCACUUCAGACAUAACCUGGUCUGCUCUAGGUUAUGUUCAAUUUCACCUUUAAUUCAGCUAUAAAAAAAAAAGCACAGUAUUUUAACUAAUUAGCUUCUUUGGACUUAGUUGUACCAUUCUUGUACAGUUUUUCUUUGGAGGUGGAAGAGAGUGUUUAGAGAUCAGAGUGUUCGUUUUUCUGAUGUAGAUUUUCAGAAUACGGUACACAAGCGUUAAUGAGCUAUAGGAGGCUGUGCACUUAGAGUAGCUCAAACUGUGCAUUGCCUUCUUUUGCUCUGCAUUUAGUUGGAGAUGCAGAGAAUCUGAGUGGCGAUGCUCAAGGUUCAUGCGCUCAUUAAAAUAAGGAAUGUUUGAAGAGGUAGAAAAUUGAUUAGAGUUUAUCACAAAUAUUAACUCAAUCCAUUUCACUUUGGCCCCACGUUGAGGUGAUCGCUGUGUCUCACUUUACUCUUGGACAGUAUUAUGUUUGAAGUUUUUUUUCUCCCCCAUUGUUGGACAUUUAGACCAAAAUGCAGUUUUUCAGUAGAAUGUGUGUAUUUGCUGUGCAGUUGUCUCUUUACCCAUAAACAGGAAGCAGUGUUAGAGCAGAAAAGGGAUGUCCUACAUCGCCACUGCUUUAAGUUUUAAUCAUUUAAAUAAUCUUUUUAAAUUGUUUUAAUUGUUCCAGCUCUUUACCCAUUCCCCCCUGACUGAAGUAGGCAGCAUGCGAUCUGUCCAUUACAUGUGCAGGUAGAGUCAAAUAAGGAAAAGCGGGGUUGUUGAAGCAAGUUGAAAAAGCCUCUGUGGCGAUUCUCCGUUUGGAGCUUUAGUGUUCGUUGAGCCAGCUCAAGCAAAGAAAGCCUGGCUCUGUUAAACCUGGUUUAAAGUACAGCCCUCUGGACUGUUGGCUCGUCUUUGCAGCUGAGGGACUGUCGCUCCCUGGCCCCCAAAUUAUGAUAAAGUCGGAUUGUGACCAGAGUUUAUAACAGAGCGUACUGCUUUUUGAUGGAAACUUGGGUUUGCCAAGUGACCGGGUCACAUUUUAUAUUCAAAGUAAUACAGAAUCCUCUUUGUUUUGUUUUUUUAAAAAUGCCUGUGGUGGUGAAGCCAGUGUAUGCAUCCGAGUGUUUUAAUAAUUAUUUAUUUGCACAUUUCUUUUCUUAAUUUGCACUAAUAUUCUGAGGGAUCAGAUGUGAUUUAAUGUGAACAAAAUGAAGACUUGCAGCUAACAGUGUUGACGACUUUUUGGCAAAUUCCCAAAUCCACUUAUUUAUUCAAGUCCUUAAGCACAAAUGAAGUAGUGAAGAACAAAGUGUUUCACAAAAAGAGUGUAUAUAAGAAAACAUGCAUUUCAAGCAUUGCCAUUUGUCAUUAUUAUUCCAUACAUAAUCAUAAUAAUAAAGAGUGGAAAUCAAUAGUGUGGAUGCUGACAAGGCAUUGACACUGACACUCGACACGGAUUAUUGUAUUUACUUAUCUUUUGUACAAUUAUGAAGUGCUCAAGCUAUUUUGUACUGAUAAUGUGCAAUAAAGUGUUCUCCUUCUGAUGGUUAAUUUUA